UAGAGGUGACCGAGGCGGUGGCGGCGGCGGCCCCGGCCCCGACCGCGGAGAGCUUCCGUCGCGGUUGAGCGGAGCCCCCGCGCCCCCCGGCCUGGUCCCGGGGAUGGAGAAGGCGACUGCCCCGGCGGAGGCGGAGGGAGACGGGAGCCCCCCGGCGGCGGCGGCGGCGGCCCCCCCUGCCGGGGAGCUCGGCUGCCCCGGCGGCGGCUCGUCCCCGGCCCCCCGCGGGCUGGUGCGGGUGUGCGACCUGCUCCUUAAGAAGAAGCCGCCGCCGCAGAACCCCAAGGCCAAGCGCAGCCGGACCUGCCGCCCCCCCAGCAGCAGCGACAGCAGCAGCGACAGCGACCACGGCCCCGCCGGCCCGGGCCCCGGCCCCGGCGGCCCCAGCAGCAACAACAGCGAGGAGGACGAGGACGAGGACGACGACGACGACGACGAGGACGAGGAAGAGGAGGAGGAGGAGGAGGAGGAGGAGGUGUCUGAGGUGGAGUCAUUCAUUUUAGAUCAGGAUGAUUUGGAAAAUCCAAUGCUGGAAACUGCUUCCAAGUUACUUUUGUCUGGUACCGCUGAUGGUACAGACCUCAGAACUGUAGAUCCUGAAACACAGGCUAGAUUGGAAGCUUUACUUGAGGCUGCAGGAAUUGGCAAAUUAUCUACGGCUGAUGGUAAAGCCUUUGCAGAUCCAGAAGUGCUCCGGAGGCUGACGUCCUCUGUCAGCUGUGCCUUGGAUGAAGCAGCUGCUGCCCUUACCCGCAUGAGAGCCGAGAGCACCGCCAGUGCUGGCCCCACAGACAAUCGCAGUUUGGCAGAAGCCUGUUCAGAAGGAGAUGUAAAUGCUGUGCGAAAGUUGCUAAUUGAAGGGCGAAGUGUGAAUGAGCAUACAGAAGAAGGGGAAAGCCUUCUUUGUUUAGCUUGCUCAGCUGGAUAUUAUGAGCUUGCACAGGUUUUGUUGGCAAUGCAUGCUAAUGUAGAAGACAGGGGCAUUAAAGGCGACAUCACACCUUUAAUGGCUGCUGCUAACGGAGGUCAUGUAAAAAUCGUGAAAUUGCUGCUGGCUCAUGGGGCCGACGUCAAUGCACAGUCUUCAACAGGAAAUACAGCACUCACAUAUGCCUGUGCUGGAGGCUAUGUAGACGUUGUAAAGGUGCUCUUGGAAUCUGGUGCUAGUAUUGAGGACCAUAAUGAAAAUGGUCACACUCCUCUUAUGGAAGCAGGAAGUGCCGGUCAUGUGGAAGUAGCCAGGUUGCUGCUGGAAAAUGGGGCUGGAAUAAAUACGCAUUCCAAUGAAUUUAAGGAGAGUGCACUUACUUUAGCUUGUUACAAAGGUCACUUAGAAAUGGUGAGGUUUCUGCUGGAAGCUGGUGCGGAUCAAGAGCAUAAAACAGAUGAAAUGCACACUGCCUUAAUGGAAGCCUGCAUGGAUGGCCAUGUUGAAGUGGCCAGGUUACUUCUUGAUAGUGGAGCACAAGUCAAUAUGCCUGCUGAUUCAUUUGAGUCCCCACUGACGUUGGCUGCUUGCGGGGGCCAUGUGGAGCUGGCAGCGCUGCUCAUCGAGCGAGGAGCCAACUUGGAAGAGGUCAAUGAUGAGGGUUAUACACCACUCAUGGAAGCAGCUAGAGAAGGGCAUGAAGAGAUGGUGGCCUUGCUUCUGGGUCAAGGAGCUAAUAUCAAUGCACAGACGGAAGAAACCCAAGAAACUGCCUUGACGUUGGCUUGCUGUGGAGGUUUCCUUGAAGUAGCAGACUUUCUAAUUAAGGCAGGAGCUGACAUCGAAUUGGGCUGUUCUACGCCUUUGAUGGAAGCUGCUCAAGAGGGCCAUUUGGAGUUAGUCAAAUACUUACUAGCAGCAGGAGCAAAUGUACAUGCAACAACAGCAACAGGAGACACAGCAUUGACAUAUGCUUGUGAAAAUGGGCAUACUGAUGUAGCAGAUGUGUUACUUCAGGCAGGAGCAGAUUUGGAACAUGAAUCUGAAGGUGGAAGAACUCCAUUAAUGAAAGCUGCAAGAGCUGGUCAUGUGUGUACUGUUCAGUUUUUGAUUAGCAAAGGAGCCAAUGUGAACAGGACCACAGCAAACAAUGAUCAUACCGUGUUGUCCCUGGCUUGUGCAGGUGGCCACCUGGCGGUGGUGGAGUUACUCCUGGCUCAUGGGGCCGAUCCCACGCACAGACUCAAAGAUGGUUCAACAAUGUUGAUAGAAGCAGCUAAAGGUGGCCAUACAAGUGUUGUUUGCUAUCUUUUGGAUUAUCCCAAUAAUUUGCUCUCUGCUCCUCCACCUGACGUCACCCAGUUGACCCCUCCAUCCCAUGAUUUAAAUCGGGCUCCUCGUGUCCCUGUGCAAGCACUGCCCAUGGUGGUCCCGCCGCAGGAGCCUGAUAAGCCCCCCGCCACUGUGGCUGCUACACUUCCCAUCAGGAGCAAAGCUGCUUCUAAACAAAAGUCCAGCAGCCAUUUGCCAGCUAACAGCCAGGAUGUACAGGGUCACAUCACCAAUCAGUCUCCCGAGAGCAUUGUAGAAGAGGCUCAGGGCAAGUUAACAGAACUGGAACAGAGGAUAAAAGAAGCCAUAGAAAAGAAUGCCCAGCUGCAGUCCUUGGAGCUGGCUCAUGCCGACCAACUUACCAAGGAGAAGAUCGAGGAGCUGAACAAGACAAGAGAGGAGCAAAUUCAGAAGAAACAAAAGAUUUUGGAGGAGCUGCAGAAAGUGGAACGAGAGUUACAACUGAAAACACAACAGCAGCUAAAAAAGCAGUACCUAGAGGUGAAAGCUCAAAGAAUUCAGCUCCAGCAGCAGCAGCAGCAGCAGCAAUCUUGUCAACACCUGGGACUCCUGACUCCGGUUGGAGUUGGAGAACAGCUUUCAGAGGGAGACUAUGCCCGGUUACAGCCAGUGGAUCCCAUCUUGUUUAAAGAUGACCCCCAGCAGAGUGCUGCUCAGAUGGGCUUUACACCAAUCCAACCUUUGGCGAUGCCCCAAGCUUUGCCUCUGGCAACAGGUUCCCUACCUCCAGGGUCCAUCACAAAUCUUACAGAACUGCAAGGAGUUAUAGUUGGACAGCCCGUACUGGGCCAAGCACAGUUGACAGGGCUGGGUCAAGGAAUUCUGACAGAAACCCAACAAGGGUUAAUGGUAGCCAGCCCUGCUCAGACCCUCAAUGACACGCUGGAUGACAUCAUGGCAGCAGUGAGUGGAAGAGCAUCUGCAGUGUCCAACACUCCCACCCACAGUAUCUCAGCUUCUGUUUCCCAACCUCAGACGCCGACUCCAAGCCCGAUCAUCUCUCCUUCGGCCAUGCUGCCUAUCUACCCUGCCAUUGAUAUUGAUGCACAGACUGAAAGCAAUCAUGAUACAGCACUUACACUGGCCUGUGCUGGUGGACAUGAGGAACUGGUACAAACACUGCUUGAGAGAGGAGCUAGUAUUGAACACCGUGACAAAAAAGGUUUUACUCCACUCAUCUUAGCUGCUACAGCUGGACAUGUGGGUGUUGUUGAAAUAUUGCUGGACAAUGGUGCAGACAUUGAAGCCCAGUCUGAGAGAACUAAGGACACACCGCUAUCAUUGGCUUGUUCUGGUGGAAGGCAAGAGGUGGUGGAGCUGCUUUUAGCUCGAGGGGCAAAUAAAGAACACAGGAAUGUUUCUGACUACACGCCUCUGAGCCUAGCUGCUUCUGGGGGUUAUGUGAACAUCAUCAAAAUAUUAUUAAAUGCGGGAGCAGAGAUCAAUUCCCGAACUGGUAGCAAAUUGGGCAUUUCUCCUUUGAUGUUGGCAGCUAUGAAUGGUCAUACAGCUGCUGUUAAACUUCUUUUGGACAUGGGUUCUGACAUUAAUGCUCAAAUAGAGACUAAUCGUAAUACAGCCCUUACCUUAGCAUGCUUCCAAGGAAGAACCGAAGUGGUCAGUCUUCUCCUGGACAGAAAAGCCAAUGUUGAACAUAGAGCAAAGACUGGCUUAACACCACUAAUGGAAGCUGCUUCUGGUGGCUAUGCAGAGGUAGGCAGAGUCCUUCUAGAUAAAGGUGCUGACGUUAAUGCCCCUCCAGUGCCCUCCUCAAGAGAUACCGCUUUAACCAUAGCAGCAGAUAAAGGGCAUUACAAGUUCUGUGAACUGCUCAUUAGCAGGGGAGCUCAUAUUGAUGUUCGCAAUAAGAAGGGGAAUACUCCCUUGUGGCUGGCAGCCAAUGGUGGGCAUCUUGAUGUUGUCCAGUUACUGGUACAAGCAGGGGCAGAUGUGGAUGCAGCUGAUAAUCGAAAGAUAACUCCUCUUAUGGCAGCAUUUAGAAAGGGUCAUGUGAAAGUGGUACGUUACUUGGUGAAAGAAGUUAAUCAGUUUCCCUCCGAUUCUGAGUGCAUGAGAUAUAUAGCAACUAUCACAGAUAAGGAGAUGCUGAAAAAGUGCCACCUGUGUAUGGAGUCAAUAGUACAAGCCAAAGAUAGACAGGCUGCUGAAGCAAACAAAAACGCAAGCAUCCUUCUGGAGGAGUUAGACUUGGAAAAGCUAAGGGAAGAAAGUAGGAGGUUGGCUCUGGCUGCCAAAAGAGAAAAGAGAAAGGAAAAGAGAAGAAAGAAAAAAGAAGAACAAAGAAGAAAACUAGAAGAAAUUGAAGCAAAAAAUAAAGAAAACUUUGAACUACAAGCUGCUCAAGAGAAAGAAAAACUUAAAGUUGAAGAGGAGCCUGAAGUUCCAAUGGAGCCUCCCAGUGCCACCACCACCACUACCAUAGGUAUAUCUGCAACCUGGACGACUUUGGCAGGUUCCCACGGUAAAAGAAACAAUACCAUGACCACCUCCAGUUCAAAAAGGAAAAACAGAAAAAAUAAAAUCACUCCAGAAAAUGUCCAGAUUAUAUUUGAUGAUCAGCUGCCCAUCUCAUAUAACCAACCAGAAAAGGUGAAUGGAGAGUCAAAAAGUAGUAGUACGAGCGAGAGUGGCGACAGUGACAACAUGAGGAUCUCCAGCUGCAGUGACGAAAGCAGCAACAGCAACAGCAGCCGGAAGAGUGACAGCCAGUCCUCCACUGCUGCCCCGCCGCCGGCUCCGAGCAGCAAGAAGCAGCCUUCUGUGCUCGUCACCUUUCCCAAAGAGGAGAGGAAAGCCGUUUCUACCAAGACUUCUCUCAAAUUGUCUGAAACUAUCAAUGAGGUAUCCGGGAAUUCAUUGUCCACCUGCACAAAAUCUGCUCCCUCUCCACUUUCUUCACCAAAUGGGAAGUUGACAGUAGCUAGUCCUAAACGUGGGCAAAAGAGGGAAGAUGGCUGGAAGGAAGUUGUAAGAAGAUCAAAGAAAGUUUCUGUUCCAUCAACAGUUAUUUCCAGAGUGAUUGGAAGGGGGGGCUGUAAUAUCAAUGCUAUUCGGGAGUUCACUGGAGCACAUAUAGAUAUCGAUAAGCAGAAGGACAAGACGGGGGACCGGAUAAUAACAAUAAGGGGUGGCACAGAAUCAACAAGGCAAGCAACACAGUUGAUCAAUGCUCUGAUCAAGGAUCCAGACAAAGAAAUUGAUGAGCUUAUCCCAAAGAAUCGUUUGAAAAGCUCCUCGGCGAAUUCCAAAACCGGGUCUUCAGCCCCUGCCACGACUGCUGCUAACAGCUCCUUGAUGGGGAUUAAAAUGACCACGGUGGCCCUGUCGUCCGCCUCGCAGACCGCGCCUGCCCUGGCCGUGCCCGCGCUCUCCUCUGCCUCCGCUCACAAAACCAUUAAGAACCCCGUCAGCAACGUGAGGCCGGGCUUCCCUGUCUCGCUGCCCAUUGCCUACCCCCCACCCCAGUUUGCACACGCCCUGCUUGCCGCUCAGACUUUCCAGCAAAUCCGCCCACCUAGGCUGCCAAUGACCCACUUUGGAGGGACUUUCCCACCAGCGCAGUCCACUUGGGGUCCCUUUCCCGUCAGGCCUCUGAGCCCAGCCCGAGCUCCUAACUCGCCCAAGCCUCACGCGGUGCCUCGCCACAGCAGUCAGCAACACAGCAGCGGUCCUCAGGUGAACCCCGCAGGUUCUUUCACGUCUGCCGCCGCAGUGACCACCAGUGCGUCCACGUCGACGGGGCCCAGCACCUCCACAAAUGGCAGCCCGAGCUCCCCUUCGGUCAGAAGGCAGCUCUUUGUUACCGUGGUGAAGACCUCCAAUGCCACCACGACCACAGUCACGACCACAGCCAGCAACAGCAGCACCGCGCCCACCAACGCCACCUGUCCUCUGCCUACUGCCAAAGAACACUACCCCCUGUCCUCCCCGUCCUCCCCAUCCCCCCCAGCGCAGCCGGGAGGCGUUUCCAGAAGCAGCCCUUCUGACUGUGUAGCAUCCUCUCCAAACAAAGGGAUCCCUUCCUGCGAGCAGGAAGCGGGCAGUCCACCAGUAGUAGAAGCGACCAGCAGUCGACAGCCAAAUGGCGCCAGUUCCGUGGGGAGUUCUGCAGGGCAUCCUGCUCCCCAGCCGCCUCCUGGGGCCGCUGCUCCAGACCCACGGCCGCCUCUGCCACCACCGCCACCGCCGUCUCAGGUUCCCACGCCCGAAGUGAGAAUGACUGCACCCCCGUUAGCGACAACGAGUUCUGCCCCGGUGGUACUGCCGCCAACUGCCCCAGGCACCUACCCCAUUCCUCAGGCGCAGAUGGGGUCUUCACAGCCUGCUCCCAAGAUGGAACUGCCUGUGAUCAGGCCUCCACCUCAUGCCACAGCGCCGACUCAUAAAAAUCCAGUACCAUUGCAGAAUUCAUCUGUUGCAGUCCUCAGUGUCAAUCAUAUUAAGAGACCCCACAGUGUCCCCUCUUCUGUCCAGCUACCUUCGACCUUAAGUACACAAAGUGCUUCUCAGAAUUCAGCACAUCCAGCAAGUAAAUCCAUGGCCCCCAAUUUUAGUGCACCCCUACCAUUUGGGCCCUUUAGCACAUUGUUUGAAAACAGUCCCACUUCUGCCCAUGCCUUCUGGGGAGGCUCUGUGGUUUCAUCUCAGUCAACACCGGAAUCCAUGCUAUCAGGAAAAUCUUCCUAUUUGCCAAAUUCAGAUUCCUUACAUCAGUCUGACACUUCCAAAGCACCAGGCUUCCGACCACCAUUGCAAAGGCCUGCUCCAAGUCCCUCAGGUGUUGUCAAUAUAGACUCCCCUUACGCUUCUGUAACGCCUUCCUCUACACAUUUGAGUAACUUUGCCUCAAGCCUUUCUGGAGGGCAGAUGUAUGCGCCUGGGGCACCCCUUGGAGGACCGCCUACAGCUGCUAACUUUAACAGACAACAUUUUUCCCCACUUAGUUUGUUGACUCCAUGUUCAUCAGCAUCAAAUGAUUCUCCUGCUCAGUCUGUAUCCUCUGGAGUAAGAGCACCAUCUCCUGCCCCAUCAGCAGUGUCUUUGGGGGCAGAGAAAGCCAGCAGUGUCUGUCAGGACAGAAAAGUUCCCGUUCCAAUUGGGACAGAACGCUCUGCCCGUAUUAGACAAACUGGAACUUCCACUCCAUCUGUUAUUGGGAGUAACUUGGCCACCCCCGUAGGCCAUAGUGGCAUCUGGUCCUUUGAAGGGAUAGGUGGCAAUCAAGACAAAGUAGACUGGUGUCAUAGUGGAAUGGGAAACCAUAUGAUUCAUAGGCCAAUGUCUGAUCCAGGAGUGUUUUCACAGCAUCAAGCAAUGGAGCGAGAUAGUACAGGAAUUGUAACUCCUUCUGGUACAUUCCAUCAGCAUGUUCCCGCAGGAUACAUGGACUUUCCUAAAGUUGGGGGUAUGCCCUUUUCUGUCUAUGGGAAUGCAAUGAUCCCUCCAGUAGCACCUAUCCCAGAUAGUGCUGGAGGGCCCAUAUUUAAUGGUCCUCAUGCUGCUGACCCCUCUUGGAACUCACUGAUAAAGAUGGUUUCAAACUCUACAGAAAAUAAUGGCCCUCAAACGGUGUGGACUGGAACUUGGGCACCUCAUCUGAACAGCGUCCAUAUGAACCAGCUUGGCUGAUUGGGAUCAACUGGUUAGCCUGCAGAUUCCUUUUCAUUCAGAGGAAAUCACAAGUGGCCGAAAUAAUUUUUAUGUUCCCAAAUCAUUCUACUGAUGUGCUUGACUGAAGUGUGUAGGCUUUUUGCAGAAGAUCUUACUAACUGACCUUUUUUCUGUGAACAUUUGUGACCAUCCAUUCCCCACCACCCUACAUUUCACCUUAGUUAGCAUUCUUUCUUCUUUUCUUUUUUUCUUUCCUUCUCUCCUUU